GAUACAUCUAUGUUGCAGCUAGUGUUUGUGUGCGUGUUAUAUUUCGCAGCAAACAUGACGGGUUUUAAAAGGCUUUGUUAGAGAAUUAGGUCAGCUUUAUUAGUUCGCAAACAACUUGAGAGUUUUCUCAUUUAAAAGUUUGCCACAACUAUUCACAUGCAUUGAACAAAUCAGAAUUCAUCUAAAGAGAAUGUUAAUAUUUUUCUUCAUAGAAUCUCAUUCUUAUAUGCCUGUUAUAUUUGCUUCAAGAAAAUGAGCGCAAGGCAAGUCUGUCUGGGAAUACGGGUCACCCGUCUAGAAGUAGGUCACUUCACAACUCAACAAGCUAGAAUUAUAAGUUCGCAGAUUUUACUUUUAAGAUCUGAAUUAGCGAGGAGAAUGUAUGAACAAGAGAUUGUAUUAAAACAACCAAAUAGUUCUAGUAUUUUUCCUGCUUGUUUGUGAAUCUAUAGAAUCACUUUUCUUAGUUUAUUCUCUCGAUGUGUACUGAAUGGCCCAACACGUGCCCUCGUAAGUCUGGACUCUACGUCAUAAUUAUAACUACUUGGUUUAUUGAAUAUUUCAAAUAUAUUCUUCAUCUCGAAGAGCAAGCAGAAAUCACUAAACUUGAUACAGUUCCUCAAAGAUUAGCUAUGCAAAUAUUCCGGCGCCGCCCACUUGUUUUAUUGUGUAAGAUCGUCUUGUUACACAACUUAUAUUCCGUACUCAUAUCCGUGCGUCUGACAUAACCUCAAGUAAAGACGCAAUAGCACGAACGUCAGUGCUUACAAUUCUUUCUUUUCCAAUGUCGAGAAAUGCGUUCUAUUGUUGAUCACCAAGAUUAUAAAUAAAGUAUAAACGUAGCCACAAUACUGAAAGCAUUUUACUUGAAUUGAAAGUCUGAAUCAUCAAGAGAGGAAUGAGCCAAGGGAAAAUAUGUUAGAAGACCGCAAGCCCUUUGAGAGUCUAAUUCGACACAGUAGCUGCGAGCAGCGAGAAUUAAUAGAUGACCGAAAAAUGUUAGAAAGUCCUACACUGCAUCACAUUUCAGAAGAUAAAGACCCAAAAGAAGAACAUAAAACUUAUGAAAACUUUGUUCCUUACACUAAUAUUGAUGGAAAUAUAUCUUUGGUGAGCCACAGAAAUUUUGCAGACAGUCCGGUAAUAAGAGAUAGCUGUGAUAGACGGGAAACUGUCUUGGAGAAUCACAGACAGUUCAACGUAUCAGACAAUUCCAAGCAAUCUUAUCUGAAAUGUUUGGUGUGUGGAGAUAAAUCAUCUGGAAUCCAUUAUGGCGUGUUGGCAUGUGAAGGUUGCAAGGGAUUUUUUAGACGUGCUUUACAAGAUAUUGGCGACCCAACUCGGAAGAAGUGUUUUUAUAAUAAGAACUGUGAAAUAACAGUGCAAACAAGGAACCGUUGUCAGUACUGCCGUCUGCAGAAAUGUUUGGCAUUGGGUAUGUCGAGAACAGCUGCCAAACUUGGCCGGCGUUCUCGAAAGAUGCGAGAGAUGAUAAAGACAAUUGAAGAUACUCAGACUCAACAAGCAUUACACGGUUUAUUAAGCUUACAGUCAGAGAUGACUCCUGAGAUGCUACCAGCAUUUGUCCAAGCUCCCAGCCCCAGCAACUCAGAUCUGUCACCUCUAGUUUCUUCAACAGCUGCUGUCACAUCAUCCAUACCUAUUGACUCAGAGGCAAACUCUGUCAACAGAUCUUCUGUCACUGCGCUUUCCCUUCUUCUGAAGAACAGAGCUGUCAGCACUUGUGUCCCUAAGAUGGCAGUUGAAGAGCAUAAACUACUUGCUAAUGGAGAUAAUUCUCAUAUCACUAACAUAUCAGAUGCUGAGUCUGAUGAGGGCUCAAAGUUACCUGAGCCUGUUGAUGACAGUCCUUAUCCCAAAUCCAUUGCCGUUGAACGCAGUCCUAUAUCUGUUCCUUCAACAGCGCACAAACCUGCUGUACAGUCGAUUGUUAGUUCUAUCUUAAGUAUUCCUUCUAGUGUCUCAUUUGGUGUUCAACAAUCCUCGUUUGUAUUGAAACCCAGCACCGAUAUUCGGCCAACUUCCCAUGCAAUCACUACAGUAUCUCCUUCAACACAACGCUUUCAUAACUCCUAUAUAAAUCGAACGUCGUCAGUGCAGCUUAUGAACCCGGUGAGCACCAACUCAGUUGUUGUCAACAAGCACACUGACCGCGCUCUGUCCACAACUGUCAGUACUAUAACUACUACUACACAGCCAUCUGUAAUCGUAGCCAACACUUCAUUAGAUCUGCGUAAGACUUUCAAGCAUGACAAACCGGUGAAUCGAAGUCCAAUUAAAAAGCGACCCUACAUGAUUUCUGAGCAAGAGGAGAGCUGUAAUAGUAUUCAGCCAAGUAAACACAUCAAGCAAGAGGUGAAGGACAAUGACAGCUGUUUCAAUAAUCUGUCACCUAAGGAGACUGUGUCUCCAGAACCGGUGAAUCUAUCCUGUAAUAUGACAUCUACUCCCUGGCAUCGAAUGGAACAGCAGAUACCUGACACGACAUCCCCUAGUUUAACUGUAGUCAAACAAGAACGGCUCAGUUAUCGGUCAUCUGCUGACCAUGUGAUGACUUUGCCAUCUGCAGCUCAUGAUAAUGCUGCUGGUGCAAGCAUUAGCGGACACCAUUUGAAUAGUUUGCGUAGAAGUGAGGAUGAAACCAUUCCAAACAUGACAAUGAUAAUAGAAGAAGCUUUCAGCAAUAGCUUCGGUUGCCAAGAAAGUCGGAUGACAGCCAUUCAAAUGCGUUAUCAAGAGCUGAAGCCAGGCAAAAUAUUGGACAGUAUGAUAGGGAAACGUCUUAAUGAGGAUAUACAGAAUGGUCCCUCAUUGUCUUCUAGAACUGAAAAGUUAGGCGAUCUUUGCUGGCAAAGUUUUCAACACCGUAUUAACAAAACCAUACAAGAUGUAAUAGUAUUUGCUAAAAAAAUCCCUGGCUUUACAUCGUUAGAACAAGACAGUCAGAUUAAAUUGAUAAAAGGGGGUUGUUUUGAGAUUGCUUGUGUAGUUCAUUCCAAUUUGGUUGAUGGGGACAACAAUACCAUUAUAGCCUCAGACUCUGGGUUGCUAAUGAGCCGAGAUGACAUGAAAGCUGGAUUUCCUCUUGGAGAACAUUUUGUUGACUUUCUCUUUAACUUCUGUACCCGCUUCAAUGCCUUUAAUUUGCGUGACAUAGAAACAGCAUUGUUCAGUUCUCUGGUGCUAAUAUCUCCAGAUCGUCAUGGUCUUGAACGUAGUGAUAAAAUUAACCGGCUUCAAGAACUUUUAAUCCAGGCUUUGCAGCAUGAAAUUAAUGCUGCUCAUCCUGAUGAAGUGGGACUUUUUCCACGAUUGCUAAUGAGUAUCUCCAGUCUGAGGGAGCUUGGUGUUGAACACCGUAAAAUGUUGGAAUCGCUGAAAGGACAAAUACACUUCCAGCAUGACCUCUAUGCUGAAACAUUUGAUCUGAUAACUUAACUCCAUUCUUUCAUCUCUUAGAAUUGAUCACCUGGCUCUGUAUUUGAUACUUUUUAUCGUUCAGCCCCCCCCCCCCUUCCCCCUCUACCUUCACCCUCUGAUUGAGAUUGUUUCCGUAGUGACAAAAACGAAAUGGUAGAAGUUGCUGCUAACGCAUCUUCAUGCACACUUUUUCUCUGUGUGGUUGUGCUUGUAUUGUAUUUGAACUCUAGCUCUCCAUGUGCAAACAGUUGAAACCCGUUGUUCAUAUUAAAUGGCACUGACAAAGUUCCUGGAACUAAAUCACUGCUAACGAGGCUGUUGUAUAAAUAAGGUUUGCAGACUGUUGAUGCAGAUACCAUGGAGAUGAAUCUCUUUCAUCCUGUCUUGGAGCAUGUUUAUUAUCAUUAUUAUUAUCAUUAUUAUUAUUAUUACUAUUAUUAUUAUAAUGUUAUUUUUUAUUUAUUUUACUUUAUUUUUUAAACUUUUUUUUUCAUUGUUGAAUUCAGUGAGAGCCAAUUGUUUUUUUUUUUUUUUUUUUUUUUUUUUUUUUUUUUUUUUCUUUUUUCUUGUUUUUUUUUUAUCAGUAGGGGAUGAAUCUUUAUAUUGGAACUGUCUGCACUCAUGAUUACUAGCUUAAUUGAAAUUAAAAAGAAGAGUAAAAAAAAAAAAAAUUUAUUAAUUAAUGAAAAAUGAAGACCUUUUUUAUUUUUUUUUUUUUCCCUCUCAUUUUCCUUGCCAAUAAUAAGUCUGUUUUUAUGUCUGUCAAUGCUUGGCAGGUAUCCUGCCAUUUGAGGUUAUGAAAUAACAACCCACAUUCAAUAUAAUGGUUUGCUUUAAUACAAUGUAUGAUUCUCAUUCGGUGUAAUUUUUAACAGAUCAUGAGAUAAAAAAACAAAAAAUAGAAAAGCUAAAAAGCAAAAAAAUACUUCCAUUUUUUUUACCAUCUUGACAAAUUAUUUUUUAAAAAAUGCAGAAUAUUUGCCCUCCUCUCUGUCUCCUCAUUUUUUUGGUAUAAUUUAAUUUUUUUAGAAUUUUUAAAAUUUAUUUAUUUUUAUUCGCUCUUUCAGAUUCUUUCACACAUUGUUUCUGUUUAUGUCCUGUUUAUUCUUUAGGUCUUAUAUUCGUUAAGGAAUUCUGAAAACAUAUCUGAAGGCAUUAUGGAAUUAUAAAUAAGAACUUUUAUUACUUUUCUACUUAAUAAUAUGCUGCUGAAAAUAAUCUCAUUCCAAAUAGUUUUUUUCCCUCUCUUCCCCAAAUGAGGACAACUUUUGCUACUAUCACCAUCAACAUGACCAUCACCACUAUUACAAAUACUACUACUACUAUUUUAUUAUUAUUAUUAUUAAGGUGGUGAGCUGGAAGAGUUGUUAGGGCAUCAGACAAAAUGCUUUACAGCAUUUCAUCCAGCUCUUUACGUGCUAUGCUCAAAUCCUUCUGAGGUCAACUUUGCCUUUCAUCCCUCCAAGGUCGAUAAAAAAAGUACCAGUCAUGUACUGGGGUCAAUGUAAUUGACUUUCCUCUACUCCCUAAAAUUGCUGGCCUUGUGCCAAAAUUUGUAAGAAUUAUUAUUAUUACAAUAAAUCUUAAAUAUUGGCGUUUCAGUUUUAUGA